AUGAGCACUACGACUAAUACAUUCCUAACCACAAUAACGAUCGAGGGUGCAGGGGCAGCAAGUACGAUAGGGUCCCGACCUACCCAACAAGACCAGUAUACAUUCCUCCUCCCAGAGAACUUCUCAACGAAAUCGGGCGACAAGAUAGCUUUCUUCGCGGUUUACGACGGACAUGGCUCCAGUAAAGUAUCCAAACACGCCAACGAAAACAUACAGCGCUUCUUACAAGAAAGCCCGGAACUUGGAUCUGGUCUGUAUGAAGAGGCUAUCCAAGAAGCGAUUAAAAAAGAGGAAGCGGAGUUACUAAACGAAUUCCGCGAUGGCGAGGAGCAAUUCGCGACAGCGGGGUCGACUGCUUCUUUGGCUUUGGUCAAUUUGACCCAGGGCUUUCUGGUCAUUGGGAACCUGGGCGAUUCGCAUAUUCUAAUGGCGGACUAUACUAGUUCAAGUGAGGGGGCUACUAAUAUCCGUCGGAUAACGAAGUCACAUAAACCGGGCGAUUCUGACGAAAAGAAUCGAAUCAUGGAUGCCGGGGGUAUGGUCAACACUGAUAGUGGGACGGAAAGGCUAGGCGCCCUGAACAUGUCCCGGGCACUGGGUGAUCUCCAGUAUAAGGAUCCCCUCAUUAACUCGGGGACGGGACCGCUCAAUGCGGCACAGAUCCGGGCUGAUGUCACGGCUUCGACGGACCAACAGAAUCUUUUAUCGAAUGAGCCGUAUCUGACACGCGUCGAUCUGAAUGAUGGGGGCCAGCAUGUUCUAAUCUUGACCUCGGACGGCGUGACUAACGGGCUUGACGAUGAGAUCAUCGUACACGGGUUAUUAACAUGUUACCGGUCUGGGUUGAAUGCGACAGAGUCCGCGAAGUAUAUUGUGGACGAGGCUGCAGACGUGCCGGGUAGUGAUAAUGCUACUUGCAUUGCUAUUUUUAUUGGUGGGACGUCUUGA